GUAGAAUACACGCCAGUUAAAUUAACAAAGUUUCCAGUUUACUCCCCAUAAAUGUAUUAUUCGCUUUACAACUCGUUUGAAGAACUUGUUUAUGUAUACACUGUCGCUAAUAUGAAAUAAUGGAAUAUAAUAAAAAUAGUUGCUACUUUAAUUGCAACCUGUGAAGGUCACAAUAAAAAUAAAUAAACACUGCAGAUAAGAUUCGUGAGAAAACACCCAUAAUGUCAACUUUUCUUAAAGUUUUGUUUAUUUUAAUGGCGCUAAAAUUAAUCGUACACGUGUAUAUCCCAAAUGGAAACAAUGUUUGUAAAACCUUUACAGAUUAUUAUUUUCCAGAAGGAAACGAAAAUUGUUAUUAUGAUCCAGACGGACUCCUGGAAACUCCAGAACUUAUUAAAAAGUAUGCAGGUGUCGUAGAAACCCAUGAAGUUACUAGUGAAGACGGAUACGUGCUGACCAUGUUCCGAAUACCAGCACCUAACCCAAAAGGCGUUAUUUUAAUUCACCAUUCGAUUGCCACGUAUUCCCAGGUUUAUUUUUUUCAAGGCAACGAUUCUUUAGCCAUCACUUUAUGGCGUAACGGUUUCGAUGUCUGGUUAGCCAAUCAAAGAGGAACUUCAUAUUCUAACAGACACGUGAAUAUGACAAAACGUGAUUACGGUUACUGGAAUUUCAGUUUUCACGAAAUGGGCAUAUAUGACGUUAGUUCCGAACUAGAGCUCAUUCGAGAAAAAACAAACAACUCGCAAAUUACAUAUUUUGGUCAUUCUUUGGGUGGAACAAUAGGACUAGUUUACGCUUCACUAAAAUCAUUUGACGCCGCAAAGUAUUUAAAAAACAUGGUUCUUGUAACUCCGGCCACAACAAUGCAGUCUCCUACAAUUACGUAUGGCAUUGGGAAGAUUUUAUUUCCCAUUUUGGAAUUUGUUACAAACAUACUUCAAAGCGGUUCCCCGUUGAUUGGCCUGCAUUUCAUAGUUGCAGCCUCUAGGAUCUUCAUGCGAUUCUUUCCUCCUAUUCAAAUUAUCGCAGUUCUUCUUCUUUGGUUCCUCUGUGGAUUUACUCCAGAAGAAACGGAUCCGACAUUUUUCAGUUUUGAUGCGUUUAUGUAUCUCAACAACUACUCGUGGAAAACAUUAUUCCAUUUUGUUCAGCUCAUCGGAUCUAGUCAUUUUAAAAUGUAUGACUAUGGUUUAGAAAAUAAUGUAGAAGUGUAUGGUAAUGGCAGUGCUCCUCUGUACCCACUUGAAAAUAUCAUGGUUCCUACACUGAUUAUAUCCAGUGCUAGGGACGUUUUGGUACCACAAAUAGAUUGUGAGAACGUUUUUGGCAAGUUAUCUCAGCAAGCAAAGCUUUAUGGGCACUGGAAAAUUUCUGAACUGAACCAUUUAGAUUUUUUGGCUGGUUUAAGCCGACAGAAAGUUGUUUUUGAAAGGCUAGCUUUCCUUCUAAAGACUGAUUUGUAAUUUAUUUAUAUUUUUCUUCCAACAAAAGUUUUUGUUCUUGUAGAACAACUUUAAUUUUAAAAUAAAACUAUUGAGAAAA